CACUAGGUACCUUCUUUCCUACAGACGUAGUCGAAACUUACGUAGUGAAGUGUUUAAAUAAAGUCAGGUUUGACGUCGGAUAGCGUUGUUAAAAACAGAAGCUCGAUUACAAAACAUCAGUGGACUUAUGGGCAGAGCAGGGCCCUUGGUGUAGAGGAGAGAGGAGGAGAACCCGUUGUUGGUGCCUUCAAGGGCUUCUUCAUCAAGAUGAACCGACACACCCCACAAAUGAGGCUUCUAAUUAGUAUGUACCUCCUCCUGUUAUCUAGCGUCACAGCAGAAUUAUCAAAAGAUGCAAACCAGUGCGACUUUGAUGUACGCUUUCAAGGCACCAACAUUAUCACCGAGAAAAGACUUUUCUGGGUCAUGCCAUCACGUGCAGCAAUAAUUGAAUGUCUCAAGCGCAUAUUUCUUCACAAAAUAACAGAUACAAUAUACUCCCUGGGACAAAAUUUCACCAAUGACUCAAGUAUAAAAGUUGCCCAAGAAUCCUGUUCCACUCUCAUCAAAGAUGAUUCUUUCCACUUCAAGUAUGUCCCGAAAGGCACAACCCAAUUCCUUUGGUAUCCACUCAUAGAGUGCAAACAAGCACGUCAAAAACUAUGUGAAGGGGUGAAAGACCAUUUUGAGACCUGCAAUCACUCUUUAGAGAAUCUUGAGAUAACUAUUUCUGAAGAACAUAAUACUUCUACAUACCAACACAAUUCAAAUACUAUUGAUAUUAGGAAUGACCUCAUGCCAUCCUUACCUUGGAAAUGUCAAGCAGAAUAUGACACUUCUGAGAAAAGCAAGAUACUGAUGUGUCUUUAUAUGCAAUUAACAAUUCAUUAACAAAGGACUGUAGCAGGUUAUUAUGUCCUCCAUACAGAAUUUUAUCAAACAUAACAAUUUUAAGUUCCACUGCAUCCAUGGACCUUACCUGUAGAAAUAAUUUACUACAGAAUUUUCGUUCACCCUCUUGCUAUACUCAUGACAAUGCAUUCUGCUUCUACACACUGAAUGACUCAAACUCCCAAAGCACAAUGAUAAUCACCACUAACAAUACAAACAAUAUCUCUGAAAAUGAAAAAUUAGUUUACAUUCUUAAAAACUUAGUUGAUUUUAAAUGGAAUAAAUGGUGUGAACACCCUUUGAAUUACACAAAACAAUUCAGAAUUAUACAUAAUGUCUAUCAAACUUACUAUUUUUGUUAUGGGAAUCCAGAUAACACUUAUGCUAAAGACUCUUGGAUUAUUAAAGAUAUUACAGACAAGGAGUCUCUCGUAGCUAUCAAUGGGAAUGUCAAUGCAGCAAACAUAGAUUCCAACAUUUUGCUCCAGGCAUUAAUUUUCACCAAUAAUAAUAUUAAUGCAACAAUAUAUGACGCUUUAUCUACAUCCAACUACAUCUUUAAGCAUCAUACAGAUGAAUUCAACAUAGCUGUCUUUGAAGCCAAACAGUCACAACCAGAUGUAUUGGAUUAUAUAAUGCCAGAAAAAUGUAUCAUCACCAAAAAUAAAUAUUUCAAUAAAUUAACAGACACCAGGUCAAUAUCAAGUCCACUAAAUUAUAUUGCUUUUCACAAUUGCUCCCUGAAUUACAAAAAGGACGACAAAGAUCUAUUCCUCUUUCUCUACAAUGGCUCCUCAAAUUUGGAGUAUAUUUGUAGUAAUAAUACUGCCGUUAUAUUAACCUCCAUCAGAAGGGAAAAUGUCAAUUUCCUCAAUUCCACAAAAUUUGCUAGAAGUUGUUUUGAUGGAGGAAUACACACGAAAAACAGUGAGGUAUGUGAGUACAUGACUGAAGGUGCUUCAGAUUAUGAAACUCAAUUCUUUCAUUUCUUGAUAUAUCCACUAAAACUUACCAAAGCUUCAGCUAUACAGCAACUUGCACAACGAUUCAAAAGGCCAAAUAAAAUUGAAACUUUUAACGUGAACUUUGAAUUCAAUACACACCCUGCAAUUUUGGGUGGCUUCACCAUUCUACAUCAAAAUGACACCUAUUCAUCAGGAAUUGAUUACAUCAAUGAAAUGCACAUACAAUCCUUACAAAAAACCCUACAGAUAUUUGUGACUGCCAAUCUCACAAAUAAUACCAGAUGUUUGGAAGAUAUUGAGGUUGGUAAGUUUUCUGUUAGCAUUCAUAGUGAUGAGCAACAGCGGUCACAUUAUGUGAUUGGGCCAAUAUCAUCAAAUAUUUUCAAUGAAUCUUGUUUGAGAAUUCUCCCAUUUGAUAUUCAUAAAGAUUUGCUUAAAAGUAAAGAUAAAGGACUGCUGCGAGUUAACAAAUUUUGGCCCACUUGCCAGUAUAACAUGCUGAUUGCAUGGAAUGAAAAAGCAAAUGAUACCACAUCAGUACUUGAUUGGGAUUACCUAUCCACUGCAUGUAAGGCACAUGAGCUAACUCUAUUUAUUCUAUGCUGUGUUCUUACCCUAAUGUCAAUAACUGGCAACACAAUGGGUAUAUCCAUUUUGAUACUAUCAAAACUGAUUAAGAAAAAUGUGUUUAAGGUAUAUAUGUCACUAGCAAUGGCAGGUUUAAUACUCAGCAUCAUGUCUGCUUUAUUGGCACUGUUUGAUACAUAUCUCCUCAUGAGUGGGCAACAUACAUUUAACAAUUUAAGAGAAGCACAUUCAAGUUCUCUUGCAACUGAGCAAACAACAGGCAUCCAACAAGCAGUGCUUCAGAGAGCAGGGUGGUCUACAGUGACUUCUGUUGCCAUGAAUAUUUCUCUAAUGUCUUCAUUGAUGUCACUGGCUUUGCUAGGUAUUCUGGCAUUGCAGCAAACAAGUUCUUUUGAUGGUCAUGAUAUAAAACCUAACAGAAUGUCAAAAUUCUUCAAUUUCAUUGACCAUCACAUAUCUUUCAUAAUCCUUAUCAUAUGGAUAUGGAGCAUCAUCUUUCCCAUAAUCAUCAACUUAGAAGAGGGUUCAUUUACUGGGUAUUUUGAUCCAGUUACAAAACUUACUAUAAACACUGGAAGUAAUAGAACCUUGUCAUCCAUAACCUACAAAGUUCAAUUAGUCAUGGGUUUCAUAGCAGUAGCAACAAUUACUACUACAUUAUCUUACAUUACUUAUAAAUCUAAAUCAGAGGAGCAAGAGGCACUCAUUGCCCAGCAGGGAGAAACAGCACAAGUUAUCAUUCGUACUUUUUUCAAGAUGGUGAUACUUGUAUUGGUGUCCUGUGGCCCUGUGGCUGUUAACAUAUUAAGUAACUUUUUUGUCUUUAAUCCAGUUCUUCACUUUUUAAUAUGGUGGCUCUAUAUAACUGGAUCCUCUGGGCACUGGGUAAUUUUCUGCUUUUCUGGACAAUGCUCCAGGGAGAUAAAAAAAAGAUUAGGACGAGUUUUCUUCCCUAUGAAAACACAUCAAGAAGAAAUACACCUCUCAUAACUGUUGUAGAAGCCCAGAAUUAUUAUUAUGGACUACUUUGCUCUCAUUUCAAGCAGAACCCCAAAGCUAAAUCUUGUAUCAAUGAUACUGUAAUUAGCACAGGAUACAAACCCUCUCCCUUACUUGCUGUAACAACCCAUCGGCAAUAUUACUGCGUAAAAUAAAACGGAUCUAAAAGAAAGAAUGGAAGACCAUGGAGAGCAACUUUGUGAUGAUAUGCAAACUUAUUCUAAGAAUAAUUUUUAAUUCACUCUAACUUGGGACUGUCACUGGACAAAAGAUGCAAUUACACCUACAUACCUAUCCUAGGUUUCAAGUAUCAUGGUAUCUCUGUAACCCCACCAGCAUUAAACCUCGCUUUUCAUUCCAAAACCUCAAAAGAAGUAUCCCUCCAGGUACUAAACUGGCCUGAAAUUUUAAAUAUAUACAAUUGAUUUAAAGGGCUCAGGAGUAUGUAUCAGAAUUCAUUCCAUCAACUCAAAGUUCCUUAAAAACUAUUAUCAUCAUUAUUAUGAAAGUAGCUCAACUAGACCAUUGAGCUGACUUUCAGCUCUCAUAGGACUGCCCAAAGGAUUAGAAUAAAAUGCCAGGUCUUGGCUUGAGACCAAGAACUGGGACCAAACAGGUUUGUAAGGACAACACUUUUUCUCUAUUUUCAUUGUAUCCAAUCAUCAAGUCGCGGUGUUCUUACUUCCAUCCGAUAGAGCGUUCCGCGGCCUUUCCGCCAAUGUAUAACACAUGUAAUUUCAUUAUUUGUAUGCCAUAUUAUCCUUUUAUGUAUGAUUGUAAGAAAACACAAAUCUCCUGUCUCAGAGUCAUUUCUGCUCUCGAUGCGAGACUGUACUACUUAUCCGUCCGCACCUGUCUAUGUCAACCCAGUUCGUCUGUAAAUAAAUCAUCAGUAUCCCA